GAGAAAGUUUACAUAGAUUUUUUUUGAAAGAAUAAUAUUGUUAUAGUAAUUUGUACAGUAACUGAAAAAAAAUUGUGAGAAGCUAACAAAGUCAUUACGGUCGUUUCAAAAGCGGAAUUGUGUUGCAUUUAUAAACAAAGAAAGAAAGAAAGAAAGAAAGAAAGAAAGAAAGAAAGAAAGAAAGAAAGAAAGAAAGAAAGAAAGAAAGAAAGAAAGAAAGAAAGAAAGAAAGAAAGAAAGAAAGAAAGAAAGAAAGAAAGAAAGAAAGAAAGAAAGAAAGAAAGAAAGAACAGUUAUGAAGCUGAAUCAACAAUUUGCUGUGUUGUUUUUCAUUCUUCGUCACGUGAAUACAUACAAGCCUUGGAAUUACAACGGGUCAACACCUCAUCUUCAAGAACUAUUUACAGGGCGAUGCUGGGAAUAUCAACUUUUAGAUCCAGUGAAUCGUGAGGAGAAUCUUCGAGUUGAUGUGAACUGCACAGAAGCUUGGGGUCUCUUUAGAGUUGCUUUUGCAACUAAAAACCCGUGCAAGAAUUUAACAACAGCUGAUGAUUAUAAGAUGUUUUUUGAAAAGAUCAAAAAUACGAAACAUUUGAGCAAUAAGGCAAUGUUUUGGUCCGGCACACGAACUAUUGUUCGUGAUUUCACACACGUAAACACUGAUUACGUCACACUUGAAGACACAUUUACUGGUUUCGUCGCCAAUAAUUUGGACUGGUGUGGCUGUGACACCUGUCCUGAUGGAAUAAACACCAAAUUUUGUGAUGCGUCAUGUUUAUAUCCGACUUGGUCAUAUUGGGAUUCCGUGUCAAAACAGUUUGCUGAAAAAGCAGCCGAUACAGUGUAUGUGAUGGUGAAUGGAACAUCAAAAGGAAUAAACACUGCUUAUUAUAGAGAAACUACGUUUGGUCGCAUCGAGUUACCACCCUUGGUUCAACUGGUCAAGUUAAACAUUUAUCCAUCUUAGUUGUGUUCGAUCUCGAUGAAGAACCCAAAGAGAGCUGUGACAAGGGCACAUUAGUUCAAAUGGUGCAAGAUGCAAAACAACAUGGUAUCCCAUCUACAAGCUGCACCGAUAAUCCGAAAAUGGUGAAUUCGAUUUUGUGUGCAAAGUAUCCAGGUGCAAUGCAAUGUCAGCACAAAAACCCUGAUGACAAAAGUGCAUGGAAAUUUGCAACGUAUGUUUUUAUAUCUUCAACUUUGUUAUUGCUUGUGGUUGCUACCGCUCUUGCAUUUUGUUUGCUUCAACAAAGAAAAAAGUUUAGAAGCUUUGCAACAAACCCAGAACUUUUGGUAGCACUGUCAAAUACAAAGACAAACAUUUGACGAAGACAACAAUAUAUGUUGGUAUUAUUAUCACGUUAUGAAAAAGAAACAGCAAACCUAUCAAAACAAAGUAUGGAAUUGAUAGACUGUAAAUGUUUAUUUAGGUACACUAUUUUUUGUUUUUUAUUUAUUUAUUUAUUUAUUUAUUUUUCUUGUGUACGUACAACAUUGUGGUUAUCGAUUUGGAACAUGUCAAAAUAAAAUGAA